AUGACUAAGAGCAAGUCAUGCCACUGCAGUUCCACUACUAGGAAGAGCAAAGGCCAGGUAGCUCCGGACGGGUGUUUUUCAGUCUACGUUGGACCGCAAAGACAACGGUUUGUGGUGAAGACGGAGUUUGCAAAUCAUCCGUUGUUUAAGAUGCUGCUGGAUGAUGCCGAAAUGGAAUACGGUUACAACUGCGACGGUCCGAUUUUGCUUCCUUGUGAUGUGGAUUUGUUUUAUAAUGUGUUGGCUGAGAUGGAGAGCAGUGAGGAAAUUAGUACUCCUAAUUGUGGGUUUGUUAAGGGUUAUGGUUCGUUGAUGCUUUGCAGUCCUUCUCGUCGUCUAAAUUCGAGCAUCAACGACGGUUAUGGUGGUGCUUAUAGGCUGCUUAGCCCGUUGAAAAUGCUUAAGAUAAACCAAUUUUAA